CUUUUGUUAAUGAACUGCACAAGCAUUAAAUGCUUGAAUGUUUUUGCAAAGAUGCAUAGUUAAUCUGAAAAUGGCAAUGUUUAAACUUGAGGAACUCCAGGAUUUGCGAAGCUCUGUGCGUCAUUCAGUUAUGAUGUCAAUGUUCAGUCAUUCCUGUGAUGCCAGUGACGUACGGCAAAUGAUUGGUUAGCGCAAAAGGUUGUCUUUUAUCACGUGUCUCGUUUCAUCUUUCCGGCGCUGCUUCAGUCCCAGAAAAUGAAGAAUCGAUACAGCUUCCUGUUCCGUUUGCCGUAGCAAUCACGAAGCGUGCUUCCGCGAUUGGAAUUUGCUCAGUAGAUAGAGGUUAUAUCUGGUUAUAUUUAAAUUAAAAUGGCAGAGGUGGCAUUGACGGAGGAAGAAUUAACACAGAAACACAAAAAGGAACGGAAGGAACUGCAAGCGCAAAUACAAAUCUUGAAGAAAUCCAUUUGCAAAGGUGACAAGAAGAAGAAAAAGGAGAUCACGGAAGAGAUAGGAUGCUUAGAGGAGAGUUUAGAGAAACGUCAAGCUGAAGAGCUAAGCACAUGGAAAUUGGCUCAUAUCACAUUGAACGAUGAACAGACAGAACCAGAAGCGAAUGAACAAGCUAAUAAAAAUGAUUGUUCAGAGCAGCAGUCCACACACAGGGUUUCUAAAGCACAGAAGAGAAGAGAGAAGAAAGCAAUCGCAGAAAAGGAACGUAAUCAGAGGAUCAUCGAACAGGAAGCACUCAAUGUCUUUGGCAAAAGGAACAUUGAGAUAGAAGCCAUAAAGAUGAUUCUUAUGGAACGUGAUUUGAUAAUCUAUGAAAUUCCUAGUGAUGGUCAUUGCUUGUAUAAUGCAAUAGCACAUCAGCUCAAGAUAAAUGGAGAGACACCUCUUAGCCUGCAUGAUCUCAGAACAAAGACUGCUGACUAUUUAAGAGAAAACAUGAACGAUUUUUUGCCCUUUCUUUCUAAUCCAGAUUCCGAUGAAUUAUUGACACCUGAGGAGUAUGAAAAAUAUUGCAACGAUGUAGCUGAAACAAGUGCUUGGGGUGGUGCAGUUGAGCUGCAAGUGUUGUCUCGUAUAUUAAAAUGUCCAAUCGAAGUCAUACAAGCUACAGGAGCUCCUUACAUCGUCGGAAAUGAAUAUAAUAAUGGCAAAAAGGUAACAUUGACUUAUCAUCGACAUAUGUACGAAUUAGGCGCUCAUUACAAUUCCGUUACAAAAAGCGUUCAGGAUGAGGAGAGCUGAUAAAGAUUUCUUUUAGAUUUUGUUUCUAUUUUGUUACAAUAGUCCAAGUUUUAUUAUCAAUAGAUGAAUUAAUCUUGGUUAAUUAAGCAUGUUUCAAUUUAUGAACAUGUUUUUACCAGUCAAUAAACUCAUUUAUUCUGUGUGGAAAAUUUAAUAUACAUUUUCAAAUAGUAUAAAGUGUUUUUAUCGAUAAAUAUACAUAAAAUACUGAAAUGGCUGCCAGCAAAAUAUUUAAUCUUCCGAUGAGCACUGCAUUUCUAAACUUUACAAUUAUUGUGAUGAUUAUUAAUGAAAAAAAUAUUAUAAGAGAUUCUUCAAAUGUGUGCAAUGACUGCUAAAGGAUUCAAGAAUGUAAAAUAUAUUGAUUUUUCCAUAAUAUAAAAAUAUAUUAUAAUGCAUAUAUAUAUAUAUAGUAUAAUGCAUAAUGGAAAUAUGUUAUUGUAAUCUUGAUGGUCACACACAUUUCAGGAAUUUUUUUUACAGUCAUUAGUUAGUUAAAAAUGCGAGAUACAUAUCAAUGAAAUACUAAUGAAACGUAUUCUUUUUGUUAUUUUAACUUAGUUUACUAUUUCGAUCUGCACAUUUAGAGCUAAACAUGACUAAAAGUUUUAAAUAAAUUAUAAAAUAUAAACUAUUAAAGGAAUGAAUUUUUUUAAAUUUGUAAAAUAUAUUUUUAUAUGUCUAAUAAAUGUGAUCACAUUACAUCACAUUAUAUGAAAAUUUUGUAUAUAGUGAAUAAAUAUUUCAUCAUAUCAGAUUUGACAGAUGUAUACAUUCUGGGUAUAUUAUAUGAUCUUUAUAUUAAAUGGGCUUCAAAGGGUCAUAUUUAGCGCUAGAUGUGCAAUAGAUUGUAGAAUAUGGAUUAUAGGACCGUUUAUGUAUUCAUCUAAAUAUAUGACACCAGCACAGACUAUUAAAGUUGAAAUAUCUCGAUGAGUUAGAUGUGAUGAGCUGAUAUAAAGCUCUUGUGUUAUUAGCUAUUAAAUUUAUAUAGAAUUACAUUUAUUUCCCAAAUGGAUAUCAGACAAUAUAAAUAUGCUGCCAACAAAUAUGCAAAUAUUUAUUAACAAUUACUUAUAUUAACAAGUAAUGAUAUAAGAUACGAUGAUGUUCUUUGGCUUGUUCCAGAAGUUAAAGUGUAAAAUACAUAUUACUCUCUUCUCUCGCAUACUAUUCGUGUUCAUUAUGGCUGUAUUAUAGCUGUUGUACUUUGAAGUAUGAUAUCAAAUAUAUGCAUAUGAAGAAUA